AUGGCGUCCUCACAAUUGCAGUUUGCCUACCGAACCCAGAAGGGCAUCGGCCUGUUUGAUGCUGCCCCGACCUACCAGCCUCUCGCUGGGUUCAACAAGCCCGAAGGGAACCUCCGGUGUUGUGCAUACUCGCCCUGUGGCCGCUACUUUGCCUGGGCGAGCCCCGAAGUUGUUACGGUUGUCGACGCAUCCAACGGCCAGCAGGUUCUUGCCCUCCCCAUCCUCAAUGUCUACGAGCUCGGCUUCUCGCCCCUCGGUACGUUCCUCGUCACCUGGGAGCGCCCUGCCAAGGAUGAGAACGGAGAUGCGACCAAGAACCUGAAGGUCUGGCGCACUGUUGAGGAGGGUGUUGCCGGCGCCGACAAGCUGCCCCUGGGCAAGUACGUCCAGAAGUCCCAGGGAGGCUGGAACCUUCAGUACACGGCCGACGAGAAGUUCUGUGCCCGCCAAGUCACCAACGAAGUCCAGUUCUACGAGAGUCACGACCUGGGCACCGUUUGGAACAAGCUGAGAGUCGAGGGCGUUGCCGACUUUGCCCUUGCACCCGGCCGCUCUCACUCCGUUGCAGUCUUCAUCCCCGAGCGCAAGGGACAACCUGCCGCCGUCAAGGUCUAUAAUGUGCCUCAAUUCACCUCGCCCAUUUCUCAAAAGACCUUUUUCAAGGGCGACAAGGUCCAGCUCAAGUGGAACAACUUGGGCACCAGCAUCCUCGUGCUGGCCCAGACCGAUGUCGACAAGUCCAACAAGAGCUACUACGGCGAGACCACGCUCUAUCUGUUGAGCGUCAACGGCUCUUUCGACGCCCGUGUCAGUCUUGACAAGGAAGGUCCCAUUCACGAUGUGACCUGGUCGCCGAACUCCAAGGAGUUUGGUGUCGUCUACGGAUACAUGCCCGCAAAGUCCACCAUCUUCAACCACCGAGCCGUCGCGACGCACUCGUUCCCCUGGGCCCUCGCAACACCAUCAUCUUUUCGCCCACUGGACGUUUCGCCCUUGUUGCUGGUUUCGAUCGACGUGUAUGACCUUGAGAAGGAUUUCCGCAAGCUGCACACCAUUGAGAGUGGUAACCCCAGUGUCUGCACGUGGAGCCCCGACAGUCGUUACAUCAUGACGGCUACGACCUCUCCGCGUCUCCGUGUCGACAACGGCAUCAAGAUCUGGCAUGCCAGCGGUCCCCUCAUGUACAAUGAGGACAUGGUUGAGCUGUACCACGUUGUUUGGAGGCCCCAAGCCACCGAGAAGGUUGCAGGUGGAGAUCCCUUGAACCCGGUUCCCACCCCGCACGCAUCCGCGGCCACCUACCUCGGCACUGUCAAGACUCCCAGCAAGCCUGCGGGAGCUUACCGCCCCCCGGCGCCCGCGCGAGAGGACGAGGGCGGUGCGGCUCACAUCAGCAUGAACAACGGCUCCGCGCCCAUCGGACCUAACGGGUUCGGACGCCCUCGUCGUGGUGUGCCUGGCGCCGAGUUCGCCGGCGUUCCUGGUCCCGGAGCCGACACUGCCGAAGGCGAUGAGAAUUUGUCAAAGGCGGCGUUGAAGAACAAGAAGAAGCGCAACAACAAGAAGAAGGAGGGUGACGCGAAUCCCGAAGGCCAGAACGGAGGUGGCGCCUCGCUUGCCCCGCCCCCUCGCGACUUUGGCUCGGGAGCGGGCCACGAGGGCCGCAGCCCUGAGCGCCGUGGCGGUGCCGGAGGUAACCACAGACACCGCAGCCACUCUCGUAACCCUGGUGCCGGUCAGCAUCGUAACAGGAGCAACACCCACCGGGGUCAGAAUGGCGCGCCUCAGGUGCCCAAUGUGCAAGCUCAGCAGGCUGCCCCCGCGGCUGAUGGCGGCGCCGACGGCUCGCAAAACCCGAACGCGAAGAAGAUUCGCAGUCUGCAGAAGAAGGUGCGAGCCAUCGAGGACCUCGAGAUGAGACUGGCCGGAGGCGAGAAGCUCGAGGAUACCCAGAUGAAGAAGAUUGGCACCAAGUCCUCCGUGCUCAAGGAGCUGGAGGGUCUUGAGAGGGAGGGACACUAA